AUGGAGAACAGAACAGGGGUGACAGAGUUCCUCCUGCUGGGACUGACUGAUGAUCCACACUUGCAGCUUCCCCUCUUCCUCACCUUCUUCCUCAUCUACACCAUCACUGUGGCUGGGAACCUGGGGAUGAUCCUGCUCAUCCUCCUGGACUCUCGUCUGCACAGCCCAAUGUACUUUUUCCUUGGUCACCUGUCCCUGGUGGAUUUCUGUUCCUCCUCAGUUGUCACUCCAACAGUCAUGGCUGGACUACUUACAGGAAAUAAGGUCAUUUCCUACAAUGCCUGUGUUGCUCAGAUGUUCCUAUUUGCAGUUUUCAUUUGUGUUGAAAAUUAUCUCUUUGCUGUAAUGGCCUAUGACCGCUAUGCUGCAGUAUGCAAGCCCCUGCACUACACCACCAUCAUGACCACCAAGGUGUGUGUAGGUCUUGUCCUAGGCUGCUAUAUCUGCUCACUCCUGAAUGCCUGCAUCCAAAUUGGGGACACAUUCAGCCUCUCCUUUUGCAACUACAAUUUGGUGCAUCACUUUUUCUGUGAUAUUCCAGCACUCAUGGUUCUGUCCUGCUCUGACAAGCAUGUUAGUGAACUGGUUCUUGUUUAUCUUGUGAGCUUCCAUAUCUUUUUUGCCUUCUUGGUUAUUUCAGCAUCCUACAUCUUCAUUUUUGGCACCAUCCUAAGGAUGCACUCAGAUACAGGUUAUAGGAAGGCUCUGUCCACCUGUGCCUCCCACUUCACUGCUGUCUCCAUCUUCUACGGGACUAAUAUCUUCAUGUACUUACGGCCCACAUCCAGUUACUCCAUGGACACUGAUAAAAUUUCCUCUGUGUUCUAUACAAUAGUCAUUCCCAUGCUGAACCCCAUGGUCUACAGCCUGAGGAACAAGGAGGUCCAUAAUGCAUUCUUAAAAAUCAAGCAUUUGUUCAUUUUAUCAAAGCUAAAUAAGAUAUAG